UUGGUAUUAGAAUAUGCAAAUCAAGGAAAUUUACGUGAAUUCAUCAAUGAAAAAAAUCGUAACGAAAAUGAUUUUGAAUGGAAAGAAAGAGUAAACCUCGCAACUCAAAUUGCAGAAGGUCUUUGUUAUCUGCAUAAAUUGAACAUUGCACACCGUGACCUGCAUACGAAAAAUAUUCUUAUUAACGAUGGUAACAUUAAAAUAUCGGAUUUUGGUUUAUCUAAAGAUUUAGAAAGUACAAUGUCGUCUGGUGGAAAGUUCUUCGGAGUUUUACCAUUUAUUGAUCCGCAUAAAUUAAAGCAUCGGCAUGUUUCAUUAGAUAAAAGAUCCGACGUUUAUAGUUUAGGAAUGGUACUAUGGGAAAUUUCAAGUUGUCGUAAGCCUUUUCAUAAUUAUAAAGAGGAAUUGAAUUUAUAUCUUGAUAUUUGUCAAGGUUUGAAAGAAGAAUUUAUUAAAGGGACUCCAGAAGGGUACAUAAAUAUUUAUGCUAAUUGCUGGCAAUCAGAACCAGAAUCUAGACCUUUAAUCGAUCAAGUUCAUUUGCAAUUACAAUCCAUAUCU